GUUGCAUUUGCUAUGAAGAUUCUGCGUCAUCUGAUGUUCUUGCUUCUGCUGGGAGGGAUAUCUUGUCAGAGCAACCGAAAUGCUAAACAAAGCGGAAAGCCAACAAAAAAAGUCGGGAGCCAUAGCAACGAGGGCUCCCCUCAAGCUCCUGAGGAUGAUUCCAGCGCGGGACCAGGGACCGCCGCAGAUCACAGCAAGGAAAGCUCCGGAAGCCGUGGAGCCUCCCACAACACCGCCUCUGUCAACAAGCCCUCCGACGACAUGAAGCUACACUUCCUCAAGAAUACACUGGUCACGUGCAAUGAUGGUACUGCAGCGGGGUUUUACCUAAAGGAGUUCAAAGGAAGCAAGAGAUGGCUGAUAUUUUUGGAGGGUGGUUGGUGCUGUUACAACAAAGAGACCUGUGAUUCCAGAUAUAAAAAUAUCCCUCGACUGAUGAGUUCAGCUGCUUGGCCACAAACACGCAAAGGGAGUGGAAUUCUAUCAUCUCAAGCUGAAGAAAACCCCCACUGGUAUAAUGCAAAUAUUGUAUUUGUUCCCUACUGCUCCAGCGACGUAUGGAGCGGAAGUGCCAAUAAGCCUCCAACAAAACCCAAACAGGCAAAAGACACAGUGGAGUUUGCGUUCAUGGGAUCUCUAAUCAUCCGGGAGGUAAUCAAAGACCUCACGUCAAAAGGAAUCAAACAGGCGAAGGUUGUCAUGCUUGCAGGAACGAGUGCUGGGGGAACGGGUGUGUUACUGAAUAUCGAGAAGGUGUCCAGUCUUUUAGAGCAACUUGGAGCAGACGCUCAAGUGCGAGGCCUAGUCGACUCUGGUUGGUUUUUGGAGAGCAAACAGCAGAAGGUUUCUGACUGUCCUGACAGUGUUUCCUGUUCCCCUGUUGACACCAUCAAGAAGGGACUUCGGUUAUGGAAUGGUGUUAUCCCGGAGAAGUGCAGACAGCAAUACAAGAGAGGCGAAGAGUGGCAAUGUUUUUAUGGACACAAGCUCUACUCUUCAUUAAACUCACCGGUGUUUGUGGUCCAGUGGCUCUUUGAUGAAGAACAACUUAGACUGGAGAACAUCUAUGUUGGAGGCCAGUCACUGUCUGAGCAACAGUGGACUUACAUGCAGAAUCUUGGGAGAGAGCUGAAAAACUCUUUUAAGGAUGUGACGGCCGUGUUUGCUCCCUCCUGUCUGUCCCACACAUUGAUCACCAAAAGUAACUGGAUGGACUUCCAAGUAAAGGGAACAUCCCUUUCCCGUGCUCUGCAGUGCUGGGACAGAAGCCUUCAGGAGGCCAAUAAGAACAGCAAAGCUACGACGAAAGGUUGUCCCUUCCAUCUGAUUGACAGCUGCCAGUGGCCCCAGUGCAAUCCAACAUGCCCCGCACUGGUUGACCAGGCCACGCAGCAGGAGCUGACUUUGUUACAAGUGCUGGCAAGCAUGGGUUUGGAUCUCCAAAAGCUUGGCCUGGACAUGAAGGGUGAUAGCAGCUCUUCAAUAAGCUUGAUCAGCAACGGUGGUUAG